UUUUAUAAACAAAGAAGAGUGGGCGCGCCAAGCCAAAGGCAAAAACUCAACGAAAAACUCCCUCAAUCAAGCCCUAGAAAUCACCCAGCUUCACUCAAUCUCAACCAUGGCGAUUGCUCGUACAGGAGUCUACGUCGAUGAUUAUUUGGAAUACGCUAGCACAUUGCCUGCUGAACUUCAGAGGCUACUCAAUACAAUCAGAGAACUCGAUGAUCGAUCACAGUCCAUGAUUGACCAGACUCGGCAGCAAACCAAAUAUUGCUUGGGAUUGUCGACGCAGAGCUCGAAGAAAGGAUAUGGUAAUAGUAAUAAUGAGGAUGAGGAGUCUGCUUUUGAGAAACUGCGGAAGGAUAUUGAGGCUAAUCAGGAUAACGCGUUGAGUUUGUGUACCGAAAAGGUCUUGUUGGCACGUCAAGCAGGCGACCUGAUAGAUAGCCAUAUUAAACGACUUGAUGAGGAUCUAAACAACUUUGCGGAAGAUCUGAAACAAGAGGGGAAAAUUUCACCAGACGAACCAGCAAUUCUUCCACCAUUGCCACUAGUUUCGAAGAAUGAAAGACGCCGACCAGUAUUUAUAACACCUCAAUCUAAGAGGCCAGAUUACAGGGACCGAGAUUGGGAUAGGGAGCGUGAUCGAGAUUUUGAGCUCAUGCCUCCUCCAGGAAGCCAUAAAAAGGACUUUGCACCUUCACUCGAUGUGGAUCAGCCCAUUGAUCCAAAUGAACCUACGUAUUGCAUUUGCCAUCAGGUGUCUUUUGGAGAUAUGAUUGCUUGUGACAAUGAGAAUUGCCAAGGAGGUGAAUGGUUUCAUUAUUCGUGCGUUGGACUAACACCAGAAACAAGAUUUAAAGGAAAGUGGUACUGUCCAACCUGCAGACUUUUACCACCUUCUCAAUAACAUACGCUUUGUUUUCCUUUUGAUUUCGACUUUUCUAUGAAACCCCAAACAAAUUGGCUUGUAAUUGUAUCAUGUAAGAAAGGUAGUGCAGUAACCUACGUGGACGUAGGUGAAUUGGUUGGAACAUUGGUUAAAGUAUAUAUUCUCUCAAUCAAGCGAUCAGAAGCUUGAAUUUCCCACUUCACACUUGUAGUGUAUUUGAAUGAAUUCUUUUUCAUUUGGAAGUAAUCAUUUAGCUUGAGUCA